UCUUUCUUUGUUCGCCUCUUACUUUCACACCGGUGACCGGAGCUUUCCUCCAGCGCUUCGCGCAGCAUUCUAUGUUAAUCAAAACGAAACCGUUGUUGACGCCGCCGCCGCAACUGGAACAAAAAGAUAAAGAAAAGCGUCCACGCCACUAGCGCCACCACUCGCUGCUCGUGAACUUUUUCCACCUUUGCGUCAGUCUCGAUCAAGAUGGCGACUGGGGGUGUUUGUGAGGAACUUCGGCGUGAACGGUCCGGUGCCACUUUUGAUAUCGCCGAGUUGACACAUCUUUUGGACGGUGGCAGGGAUAAAACGGAACGCAGGAAAGAAUUGGAAAAACUAUUCCAUGAAGACCCAGAGUUCCAGAGCGAUGUUCCCUACUGUUACCUCACAUACUCUGAGGCAUACUCAGAUGCCCUACAGAAGUGCCUCAAGAUUUAUCAGAAGGCUAUGGUUCUCUCCGAUCCAAGGGAAAUCUUGACCGUUGCCGAUGCCAUUCUGCACGAUUCAACACCUGUGCAUGUUCACUUUGUUAUGUUUGUUCCCGCCCUCAUGGGUCAUGCAAAUGAAGAGCAACAAGCAAAAUGGUUGUCUGAUGCACUCAUGAUGAAGAUUGUGGGCUCCUAUGCACAGACUGAGUUGGGACAUGGAACAUUCAUCCGUGGACUCGAGACAAAAGCAACCUAUGAUCCCGCCACGGAGGAGUUUGUUCUGCACACACCAAAUCUUUCUUCCAUCAAGUGGUGGCCUGGAAGCUUGGGUAAAACAGCAAACCACGCCAUUGUUCUGGCCCAACUUCACACCAAGGGAAAGUGCUAUGGCAUUCAUCCGUUCAUGGUGCAGAUAAGGAGUAUGGAGAACCACGAACCGCUUCCUGGGAUCACUGUUGGCGAGAUCGGCCCCAAAAUGGGAAUGCGGGCUGCUGACAACGGUUUUCUCAAACUGGACCACGUGCGAAUCCCUCGGGAGAACAUGCUGAUGAAGAAUGCUCAGGUCACGAAGGAGGGAGACUACAUAAAGCCCGCCAGUGACAAGCUCAACUACGGCACCAUGGUGUUUGUGAGGGUGCUCCUUUUGGACAUGUUUGCAUUCAACAUUGCUCGUGCGUGCACCAUUGCCAUCCGGUACAGCGCAGUACGGCGACAAUCCGAGAUCACGCCAGGGCAAGGGGAGAACCAGAUUAUGGACUACCAGGCGCAGCAGUACAAGCUGUUUCCGCUCCUCGGACUAUGCCACUCCCUGAGGGCCAUGUUUGCGAACCUCAUGGAGCUGUACAAGCAAGCCAACCAGGACAUGGAGCAGGGGAACCUCGAGAUGUUGCCAGAGCUACAUGCCAUCUCGUCGGGCCUGAAGGCCUUCUGUUCGGACAUGGCGGCCAAGGGCAUCGAGACGUGCCGCCUGGCCUGUGGGGGCCACGGGUUCCUCCUCAUCAGCGGUCUCCCUCGGCUGUACGCCACCACGGUGGCCGCCUGCACCUACGAGGGAGAGAACACCGUCAUGUACCUCCAGGCUGCCCGGUACAUGAUCAAGUGCCUGGCGCAGCCGCAGCAGCUGUCCCGUAACUCCACCUUCCGGUUCCUUCUGGAGCCCGGCACUCUACGCGUACCUCCGUUUAACGCCAGGCUCAAGGGUCGGGAGGCCAUCAGGCAGCUGGUGCCAUUCUACAGGGCAGCUGCAUACAAACAAGUGCACAGGGCCGAUGCAAAGGUGAAGAGCCUGAUCAAGUCUGGACUGACUCCUGAGAUUGCAUGGAACCACAGCCAGGUCGACCUGAUAAUCGCCUCGAAGGCUACGGUACUGUACUACCUGGGCCUCAACUACCUCACCUGGGUGGAGAACGGGAACAUCUCGGAGCGGCUGCGCGAUGUCCUGCUGGACCUCUGCCACCUUUACCUGCUGCACGGGAUCUACGAACAGCCCGGCUUGUUCCUUGUGGUUGGUCUCAAGGACCAGGACCUGACGGACAUCUCGAGCAUCAUCACGGAGCUGCUCAAGAGGCUGCGUCCUAAUGCGGUGCCGCUGGUGGACGCCUUCGACCACCACGACAUGGUGCUGAGCAGCGCCCUGGGAUCGUACGACGGCCGCGUUUACGAGCGCAUGUACGAGAGCGCCCUCAAGGCACCGCUUAACAAGACGCAGGUGCACGAGUCUUACCACAAUUUCCUGGAGCCCCUCAUGAAGUCGAAGCUGUGAAGACGACCACUAUGUACAACAGCAGAAUUCUACAUGCCUGUGGGGGUGUACUUUGAUUUCUCAAAUGCACACAACAUAACCUCUAGUUAUUUCAACUGUACCCAUGUAUAAACCACUCUAGAGUCUCACAAUUUUCUGCCGUUUUUAACUAGAGCACUUUUUUUUGGUCUUAUUUAGAUCUUUGUAUACACAUUUGUAUUUUGGCGUAAUUUCUCUCAUAAAUCAUUAUUACCAUCUGUUACCAUAUUCCUAUUGCGGUCCGCUCGGGAUCUUUUAAAUCUCGUGUUCUGUCCUUUUAUGCCUGAAAUUAGUCACCAUUGCAAGAUUGUAGACAGCUACUAUUUAUAAUUGCCAUAGGCAUUACUGAAAUAUCGUUGCAACACGAAGGGUGGUCGGAACCCGUUGGGAGAACUUAAAAAGGAGCCUACUACUAGAAGGCUCGGGUGUGGUAACCAGCAUUUCGCACUAAGAGGUAGAUUUUUCAGGGACCUUAAGGAGCCAAGUUUUUUAGUUCAACGUUAACUUUUGCCCUGAGGUUUCCAUGAGGUCCUUUUUAGAGGACUAUCACUAACGCUUUUGCGGAAAGUAAAUAGUGUAAGAUUCAACAGAAAUAUCCGCAAAAAUAUUGUGGAGUAGACUUAAGAGUGGCCAUUACUUCUGAGUAUUACAUGCAUGGUGGACAGUAUAGCUUACAAGAUGAAUUUGUACUGCCUUCCAGAGUUUCUUCAUACUCGGCCUUUAUUGGGCUGUCAGAGUGCACAAAUCUUCUCUUUUUUCGUGGAAUGUUUAAGCGCUCAAUUUCACGAGCGACGUAAUUGCUAGAACUCACACUUGUGUUGUAGAAGUUUGUAACUAUGAAACCUUUUUUCUCUGUAACAUGUUUUUCAUUUCUAACUCGACAAUGUAAGAAUGUUGAAAUUUACUACUUUACGUAAAAUUGCUUUAAUCUAUAAUGCUGAAAUUUGGCAUGCAUGCACGAUACGUGAAAUGGGAGCUUGGCCUGUUUGUCGAAUGUAUUUGAAAGUAUUACGAGUAUUUUAACAUUCCAUUUUGGGAAACGUGUCUACUGUUGGCAUUUGCAGAUGGCAAUUUUUUUAAUGAAUAUAUUCUGUUGCUAUUUUUUUCACGUAUUGUGAAGAAUGUGUUAAGUCUCACGUACUACAAGUUUUGCAAUACAUAGCUCUAUAGAGUUUAUAUCGGAGAAUAUAUUUUUCUAUGUAUGGUGACGUGGUGCUCAACUCUUGUUUAUACAAUUUAUGCGUACAUAUUAAACAUUGUUCAACAUUU